AUGGCGCCCCCGUCCCUCCGUGCAUGCCGGCAGGACUCGUCGCCCUGGGACUGGAAGCCCCCGCCUACUGGGCGUGUCCCUCCACCUAAGCCCCGCCUCCGCGAGCACGCCGGGAGCGGCGGGCGCGCGGCGAUGGCGGGCGCGGGGCCGGGCGGGGGGCGGGAUGGCGCCGUGAGGGCCGCGCUGGCCGUGGCCGCCGCGCUGGCGCUCGCCUUGGCCUGCCUGCUGCUGCGGGGCGCGCUGCUGGGCGCGGCGGCGCUGGGCGCGGCGGGCGCCUGGUGUGCCAUGCGGCCCGGCCCGCCCGCGCCGCGCCCGCCCGCCCGGGUAAGCAAGGGGAAGAUCGGGGUAGAGCGGGCGGGGAAGCCCCAGACCGCGUCGGAGGUGCUGACCGCGCUCUGUCCCCACAGGGUGCCGCGCUGCCGGCCGCAGGCCCCGCGCCGCCGGUACCCGCUGCCUGAGGCCCGGCCGGCCGUGCCGCUGUGCUUGCCCGCCGCCCGCUGGGAGGGCGGCUCCCCCCGCAGCACGCCUUGGGCCCGCCGGGCCGGGCCGCUCCGCAGCCCCGUCACCGUGAGAAUCGCCCCGCCAGCCGUCAGCAUCGCCCGAUCCCCAGCUCUAGAACAGCUGGUCUCGCCUCUGGCCUUCCCAGCCACCAGCAGCCCUGACCCAUGUGCGAAGGAGACUGUGCUGAAUGCCAUCAGGGAGAGCAGGAAAAGGGCUGUGGAGGAGGAGGAGGACCAGACUUUUGAGAAUGAUCAGGAGACCAAAAGAAGGCGCCACGACAGCAGUGGAAGUGGGCAGUCAGCAUUUGAGCCACUGAUAGCUAAUGGUGCCCCUGCUUCUCUUAUACCCAAGCCAGGCUCUCUGAAGAGGGGCCUCAUCUCCCAGUACCCAGAUGACUGCUCCAACAAGAGGUCUCGCACCUCCUCCAUGAGCUCCCUCAGCAACACCUACGCCGGCGGGAUCCCCAGCUCCAUCCGCAACGCCAUCGCCAGCUCCUACAGCUCCAGCCGGGGCCUCUCACAGCUGUGGAAGAGAAGAGGUGUGAGCGUGUCCCCUCUGUCCAGCCCAGCGUCCUCCCGCCCCCAGACACCAGAGUGGCCUCUCAAGAAAGCCAGGGAAGAAGAGUCACAGCAUUCCAACGCUUCCACCCCAGUGAAAUCAGACAAGGAGCUGCAGCCAGAGAAAGGUGUGGAGUCACCGGUGUGGAAGAAGCAGAAUUCCCUGAGCCCACCAUCUGCUUCGGGGAGCAGUGGGAAGCGCAAGCGGAAGAUCCCAUUGCUGUCAUCUUUCCGUGGGGACCAGCUAGUGCUGCCCCCACCACCUCAGCUGGGCUACUCCGUCACCUCAGAGGACCUGGAUGCAGAGAAGAAGGCAGUGCUGCAGUGGUUCAACAGUGUCUUGGAGGAUAAGGCUGAUGCAGUCCCCAGCACCACUGCAGAGACAAUGCCUGUGUCCAAGCCGCCGGUGUUUGUUGUGACCUCCGCUGGGCCUAUGCCUGCCUCCACAGCUCCUGCCCCGGCCAGCUCCUCACUUCUGGACAGUCUGAAGAAGAUGCAGAGCAGCCAGGCUGUAUCCACAACACCAGAUUCCACUGGAACUGUGGCAGCAUCCCAGCCACCUCCGUCAGCUGCACAGCCACCUGCUCCUGCUGUGUCAUUGGAGUCAAGCUCUCUGCCUGCCAUCUCUGCUGACACCAAGCCUGUGCCUGUAUUGAGCACACCUUCCCCCAGUGCUCCCACUGCCCUGGUGGUGCAACCCCCCAGCAGCCUGGCCUCUCCUGUCUUCACUGAGCUGGGCCAGACACCCAGCAAGCCUCCCUCCUUCCAAAAGCCAAGCAUCCUGUUCGGGAUGCUGAACACCCCGCCAGCCAGCCAGCCAGCAGUGACUGCGGCCGCUGCCGUGCCCACCACGGCCACUGCUACACCCACUGCAUCCACUGCUGUGCCCACCCCACCCACUGCCAUGCCCACCACAACCCCCAUCUUCAAACCCAUCUUUGGUGCUGUGCCGAAGAGUGAGAACGCAGCAGUCUGCACGGCUGUCACUUCCACCACAGCCACCAUGCCCGUAAGCUCAGGCCCUGCCUCAACGUCCUCCACAUCCUCCAUAUUCAAGCCCAUCUUUGGCAGCAUCACUGCAGCUUCAUCUCCAGCAAAAGUUUCUCCUUUUGCCUUCAAACCUGCGGCACAGCCGGCCUCAGAGCCGACAACUGCCUCCACAGCUGCUCUGGCAGGAAUCACGGGUCUUCCAAACGUCAUCUUCACCACUGCAGCUACAACUGCCACCACCCAGAGUUCCUCCACGGAUGCCACCAUUAAACCUGUCUUCAGCUUUGGACCGAACCCACCUGCUUCCGCUGGCCCUGCUGCUAGUGUGACUGUCAGUGCUGCCACCUCCACCAGCACAACACAGCCCUUCCUGUUUGGAGGCCUCUCCAGCUCUGCUCCCAGCACAGAAACCAGCUUUACCCCCUCAGGGCCUGUGUUCCAGUUUGGGAAGCCACCUCCAGCUGCAGUCACUGCCACCACCAGUGUCCCAGGAGGCCCUGCCUUUGGCCAGGUACCUUCAAACUCAACGGUUGCUGCCACCACUGUGGGCUUUAGCAUAUUCGGGAGCACUACACUGACCACCUCUGCCCCAGCCACCACAGCUCAAGUGCCACCGACAUUCGGCUCCUCAGUUUCAGCUUUUGGCAGCUUUUCAGCCAGCGCAAAGCCACCGCCACCGUACCCUGGCACUGGGAGCCAGCUCACCUUCAGCACUGGGGCUGCUGAGAGCCAGGUGCCCACCAGCAAGCCUGCUGCUGGCCCCAUCAGCUUCACCCCCUCGUUCAAUUUCGGAGCCUCCCCGGCACAGUCGGUGGCUCAGCCAGCAUUUGGCAGCGGUGCCCAGCCAGCCUUUGGCACAACCAGUGCCCAGGGCUCCUUUGGCACCAGCAGCACCCAGGCAGCAUUUGGGACCACCACCUCGGUGUUUUCUUUUGGAACAGCCACCUCCACCACAUCCAGCUUUGGUGCCACCACCCAGACCACAAGCAGCAGCACCGGUGCCAGUGUCUUUGGCACCACUCCAUCUCCAUUCACUUUUGGGGCCAGCACCCAGCCAGGCCCCUCCACCAGCGCCUUUGGGAUGGGUACACCGGGCCUCAGCAGUGGGUCCCCAGCUGUGGCCUUCAGCUUCGGGGCUGGGCAGAGUGGGGCAGCCCCGGCAGCAGCGCCCUUCGGCUCAUCUCUGCCGCAGAGUGCACUGGGAGCGCAGGGCCAGAGCACGCCCUUCGCCUUCACCAUGAGCAGCACUCCCAACAGCAAGCCUGCAUUUGGAGGAGCUUCAGUGCCCACCUUUGGGCAGGGCACGCCUGUCCCUGGAGCUGUGGGCAGUGGAAGCAGCACCCUUUCCUUCAGGACACCCAGCACUCCUGCCUCAAGCUUUGGAGGAGUCGGCACUUCCUUUGGUUCAUCCACUCCCACCUUCUCCAUCGGGGCAGGAUCCAAGAUGGGCACUCGCCAACGGCUGCAGGCACGGAGGCAGCACACCCGCAAAAAGUAGCCCUGGUGCUGCUGGGCUCCACUGGCUCACGUGUGGGGGCCUCGGGACUGGAGCUGUCCCUAUGGUGGGACCAGGCCCCGUCCCUGACACCCACUGGAUGAUAAGCCAAACUCUUGUUACUUGAACAGUUCCAGACCCAAGACUGGACAAAUCUCUGUACAUAUCCACAAUGUUCUUUUCCCUCAAUUUAUUUUGCCUUGUUUAAUAAUGUGUACAUUUCUCCCCAUUUGCUUCUUGUAGCUGUUUCCAUGCCCCUUCCCAGCCCUCAGCCAGCCCCAAGGCCUUGUCCCGCUCAGAGCUUGGCUGGCGACAUGCCGUGGUUCCGAGUUCCUGUCAGACACCAUCUUCACCAGGUCCCAAAGUCUUUCCCAUUGUUCAUCCUGUGGCCUGGUGAACAUGGUCCCAUGCCUGCAGCCAGGGUGAGUUCCAGCCUGGCUCUGUUUCGGUGCCACAGCUGACUGGCAUGGGUGUGGCUGGGUGACACCCCUGGGACCUGAUGUCCUGCUGCCUCCAGCUGAGGACAUGCCAUGGCCUGGGACCUGCGCUGGAGGCACGGGGUGAGGAUGGGGGUCCCCCCACCCCCUCCCAUCUCCGCUGCUUCGUGGGGCUGUGGGCUGCCCCCACCCUGCUCCCCAGUUCUGCUUUAUCCGUGCUCCCGUUCCUGCACUCACUGAAUCGAGUUUGGAGGAAGAGCUAAACCGUGUGUGUGGCGGCAUGUUGGUUAUGCCGGAUUUGCUGUUUGGAGUUUCUUUUUCGGGGGCACCAGUCCUUGGGGGGAGACGUGCCCCGGCUAAUUGGGUGUUGACAGUAGCAUCACUGCGUGGCUGCUCGUGCUGGGGAGUUGUCCCUUCUAUGUCGUGACUAAAAGGCAGCUAGGACAGGGGAUUCCAACUAUGGCAGUCUCUCCACUCCCUUUUCCUCUCUCUUUCUCCUCUCUUCCACAUUUCAGGGGGCUCUGGAAUUGCUCACAGAAGGAGGCCAGAGCAGAUGCAUUCUCCCCUCCAUCCCAAAUCCAAGUUGUUUUUCAUUUUUCAUCCCAGUGGAUUUUACUAGCUCUUAGGAACUGUGGUGCUGCUUCCCUUGUCCCCAUCCAGCCAGGAGUGAGAUUCCCACCCUUCCCUGCCUUGGAGCUUCUGUGGAAGAGACUGCCAGAGCUGGGGGUCACCAAAGAGCCACCCCCUGCCCUGUCCCUGGUGAGGGAUGGGCACUCCAUUCCCAGGAGUGCUUUGCUGCUGGGUUUUUACUCUCCGAGCCGUGUGAGUGUGUGUGUUUGCUGGGGUCUAAAUUUAAAAAAAAGAAAAAAAAAAAGAAAAAAAUCACAAAUAUUUAAACAUUUUUUAGCAAAAUAAAAAUUUAUUUUUAUAUUUAAGCUAAAUUGCCUUCAAAUUCCUUCAAGCUUGGUUCAGUGAAGUUGCCUACCCUGCAGCCGUUAGUGUUUAGCUAUUCCCACCCUGCCUGUGCCUGUGGGAAUGCACUGUGCUGGGAAAGGCAGCUGCAUCCUGCAGGCUCUGCCAUGCUCCCCCCACUGUUCAUCAUCCCCUUCCUUUUAAAUGUGACGUAUGUGGAUGUGACUAAACCUUUUUUUGUUCGUUUUUUAAAGUUUUUAAUUAUUUCUCUGAGGGGGGGGAGCAGGAGCUCUGAUGUUACGGUGCUGAGUGCCAGGGUCAAGACAUCUCUCCCAGCAGAAAGGGCAGUUGAUGGGCUCUGUGUGGCACAGAGGGGACACAGCCCUGUAGUAAGGGGACAUAGAGGACCUCCAGGUCCUGAUGGGAAUGUUCUGGCCAUCAUCCACCAACAUGGCUGUGGGUGCAGUGGACCAAGAGCAGCCAAGCUGGGAAAAUGUGUCCUUGGGGUUGGAGGAAGCAGAGGGCAAGGGGCUAUUGCCUGCAAAGACUGACCUUGGGUGUCCUUCCCUGUGCCCGUUAGGAUUCUGGGCCAGGAGAGCACCUGCUCCUUGUCCUUGAGGUGCCAGGGUUUGGCCAGGUCAGCUCUGAGAAGAUGGGGAUGAGCUGGGACAAGGUUGAGGCCACUCUGACUCUGGGUCCUGCCCCCAGGUAGCUGCCCCAUGUAGUCCCACACACCUGUGAGGAGCCAGGCUGUCCCUUCCCUGCCACACAGGCCCUGCUGGGAGAGCCCCUUGUGCUUGGGGAGAGGCUGGGUUUUAACUGACUGAAGACUUGGAUCAUUCCUGGUGUGGCUGAUGAGGAUUUUAGUGUGAAUGUGCAAUUUUUGUUUCCCUGCUUCUUAUGUCUCCAGUUUAAAAUAAAAUGAACUGUGUUCA